AUGCGCGCCUUUGAUGCCAGUCUCCACACGCAGGCCGUGUGCAGCUACACCGCUGACGCGUUCACAUCGAGGCUCAACAAAGAUGCUGACGCCUUUGCAUCGACGCUCAACCACCUUUCAUGGGCCAACUAUACGCGGCCGUCGACUGUGGCCAACCUCAACGCGACGCGUUCGACGUCGGAGAACGCGGCCCGGUGCACCAGCUACUGCAACGACUGGGCAGGCAUCCGAGCGUGCCCGUCUAUGUGCCAGUCCACUGCGACGAUGUUCAAUGGCAAGGCCGUGUGUGCUGCCGGGUUUGCCUGUGCAUCGGCAUCGUUUGGCUGCGUCUCGUACAGCGUCUACCAUGCAUCGACGACGGCGGUACCCAUGACAACAACGUCCUCCACCAGCGUCAAUAUUGGCGUGGCUGUCGGCUGCAGCAUCGGCGCUGCUGUCGGCGCCGCGGCCAUCGGUCUCUUCUGCUACAAGAAGCGCCUUUCGUCAACGCACCACGACCACUACGACGCGCUCGCGACGUAGCUGAAGUGCUGCGAGGAGGCACUAUGUAGUAGGUGUUGAUGAAGCCGGAACGCGAUCAACCAUUGGUGAUCCUUGCACGCAUCUUACGCGUUGUCGCUUUUGGCGCCAUGG